AUGCCAAGAAAUUAUUCCAUUAUCUUGAUUGCAAAGUCAACCUGUCCUAUGCUUUCAUCACCUAUUACUUCGCAUUCAGAUCUCAUAUUGAGUUUUUCCUCUGUAGAAUCUCUUGUAAUAUUGAUUGCGUCUUUAGCAAAGUUCUCAAGCUUUACAGCUAAUCCUAUCUCAAACCCACUAUCUCUGAAAUCUUAUUUACCUAUCUUGAGAAAAGCCUAG